CUUAGGUAAAAUUACCGCCAAUUAGACAGGUCUAGAUAGGUGUUUCAGACAUUUAAUAGUUUUUAAAAAAUUUGUCGAACUGACGUCGUUUUGAGGCUUUUAAUUUUAUCUCUUCAAAACUACGUCGUUGGAGAACGACAUGAGAAAAUGGGAAAAAAAAAUGGCUUCGAUAGAAAAUAAAAAAAUCGUCGACGAAAUUCAUCUUCUUAGAUUUUGACAUUCUCAGAGGGCGAUUUUUGACUGCUUCUCAAUAUGUGCUUCUGAUCCUCGCCGGCGAAAGUAAUUACUGCUUCUGACUCGGCGGUAUCUUCUCACGCCAUUACCGAUAUCAAAAGUUUGUCUUGAGCUAUGAGCACAGCGACCAGGCCUUCGUCUUCAGCGACAACCUCUGUCAUCUUAGAAAACCCUGUUUCUCAAUCACAGCCAACAGAGAGAUUAGUGCUUCGGUUGAACAGGAAGAAGAAGAAAGUUUCAUGGCAAGACGGGACCGUUGACAACGAGUUUAUGCAGAAGAAGAGUUCAAAGAAAUGUUGUAUCUUUCAUAAACAAAAGCCCUUUGAUGAGGAUGACAGCGAAGAAGAAGAAGAAGAAGAAGAUAACCACCAUCACCAUCACCAUGAACACUCCGAAUCUGGUGAGGCCUCGUCUUCUAACGAUUCUAAAAGCAGUUGACUAAUUCACCCGGUUUUCGCAUCACUAUAUAAUAGAAGCCUUUUAAAUGAUCUAUUCAAGAACAAUUGCAAUGUUGACAUCAACCUCCUUGAAGCUCUGUUGAAGGAAUCACAAAGUUGGUUUAGUAAGGAGAUAGUUCAGUCAUUAUAUGAACUGAAAGUUUCAUAAUGUAAUCAAAAUAUCUCAUUUAGUAUCCCAUAUAAAGAUUCAACCAACUUUACUGUUUUUUCUCAAAUGACAUGGAUCUUUGAUUGUCUUUGUUGGAUGAUAAAAUUUGACAAAGAAAAUCACUUUCAAGGA